AUGCUUCGCUCGCGGCCCGCUGCUCGAAUUUCGAGCAAGUCACCUUCUGAGUCUUCGACAUCAACUUCGCCUGAACGUGCGGCAGAUGAUGAUACCGACUUUUUCGCUCAGGCAAACGAUUCCCAGUCUUCUAUCGGAGUAGCAACAUUUCGCGAACAUGUAGUGAGCAAUGAUAUGGACGUCAUCACCCCUCCAAUAGGGCGACUUCCCCCCGAGAUUUUGAUCUCUAUAUUUUCGAAAUUGAGCUCCCCCGUGGACAUGUUGAACUGCAUUUUAGUGUGUCAGAAAUGGGCAGCUAAUUGUGUUGGAAUUCUUUGGCAUCGACCCUCGUGCAAUCGAUUCGAAAACCUCCGCAGUGUCGUGACAUCAGUGGGUAAGCAGGAUAGUUAUUUCCCUUAUUCGGACCUUAUCAAGCGUCUCAACCUCUCUGCUUUAACCGACAAAGUCAGCGACGGCACAGUUCUCCCCUUCACACACUGCAAGCGCAUCGAACGCUUGACUUUGACAAACUGCUCUAAAUUGACAGACAAAGGUGUCUCGGACUUGGUAGAGGGUAACCGACAUCUACAAGCUCUAGAUGUCUCUGAGCUCCGAUCUCUCACAGAUCAUACGCUGUUCACUGUGGCAAAGAAUUGUCCACGGUUACAAGGGUUGAAUAUCACAAGCUGUUCUAAAAUUUCUGAUGAGUCUUUGGUGGUUGUAUCCGAAAGCUGCAAACAUCUGAAGCGGCUCAAAUUGAAUGGCGUCACCCAAGUCACGGAUAGAUCCAUAUUAUCAUUUGCAGAAAAUUGCCCCUCGAUCCUCGAGAUCGAUUUACAUGCUUGCAGACAGGUUAGAAGUCCGUCAGUUACAGCACUACUGUCUACCCUACGGAAUCUUCGAGAAUUACGUCUACCCUAUUGUACUGAGAUCGACAGUUCGGCUUUUCUCAAACUUCCCAGACAGCCAUUAUUCGAAAGCCUCCGCAUCUUGGACCUAACAGCCUGCGAGAAUGUCGGGGAUGAUGCCGUUGAACGUAUCAUCGAUUCUGCACAUCGGCUGCGCAACCUCGUUCUUGCCAAGUGUAAAUACAUAACCGACCGUGCCGUCCUAGCUAUCUGUAAGCUGGGAAAGAAUUUGCACUAUGUACACUUAGGUCACUGUGCAAAUAUCACUGAUGAGGCCGUCACCCAAUUAGUGAAGUCCUGCAACCGCAUUCGAUAUAUCGAUUUGGCCUGCUGCAAUAAUCUUACUGACAGGAGCGUUCAACAACUGGCGACUUUGCCGAAGCUGAAACGGAUUGGUCUGGUCAAAUGCGGCGCGAUUACAGACUCUAGUAUUCUCGCCCUUGCUCGCUCUAGAGCGUCUCCACACCCCCUAGGCUCUAGCUGUCUAGAGAGAGUGCAUCUUAGUUAUUGUGCAAAUUUAACCAUGGAGGGAAUUCAUGCCUUACUCAAUCAUUGUCCUCGUCUAACCCACCUCAGUCUCACAGGAGUACAUGCGUUUUUACGUGAAGAACUCACUGCAUUCUGCCGUGAAGCCCCCCCUGAGUUCACUCAACAACAACGUGACCUUUUUUGUGUCUUCAGCGGAGAAGGUGUUUCUCGGCUACGCGAGUUCCUGAACCGAAACGCUGUCCCAUAUCCGGAAGGUCCGGAAGCCACGAUGUAUGAUGACGAUGAGGAGCUUGAUGAGGACGAGAACCACGUGACUGGGUUAAUGAGCGCUGCGUCCAUCCGUGAUGAUGACGAUGACAUGGGGGAUGGUUUUAUAGAAGUUGGACCUCCACAAGGUUGA